UCUACAAUUUCAAGAAUUAAUAAAAUUUGGGAAGAAUGAUGUGUACGUGAUGAUAUAGCUAUUUAGCUGAUUUAACUGGCUUAUUAGCUAUACUAAUUCAGAAAUUAAAUUUAGCUGAUCCAGUACUAGUUUUUCAAAUACAUGUAUUAACGAUUAUUGUGUUAAACUGGAACAGAUUAUAGACUUGAAAAUGACAAAUUUAAAAGAAGCAAAUCUACUUCUUACUAAUAUUGAAGCUAUACAGAACAUAUUAAAAGAUCGAACAUGGUAUCAAGAGUUCUUGAAUAAAUUAAAUGAUCGAACGUCAAAAAUUGAAAGUUACAUAAAAUGCCUUAGACAAGAAACUAUUGAUCGGGCGCAACUAAUAAAUGUUUUAGAAGUUGCUACAUCUUAUUAUGAAGAACAAAAUAGCAAAUUUCAAACUGUUUCUCAAGUAUAUUUCAACUACACCAAAAGCGUAGAACUUCUAAAGAGUAAAUUGCAAUCAUUGGUUAGCUCUAUGCCAACCGAUAGUUCAAUGCAUUCUACUGAUAUUAAUGCUACAUCCCCUGUGACAUCUUCUGUGCCUAUUGAAGAUUUGAACAUACAUAAUAUCAAUUAUGAUACAGUAUUAAACUCUGAUAAAUAUAAUAUGAUGAAUUCUUCAAUGGACAAUAGCAUUAAUGAUACCGAUAUUUAUGUGCCCACUACAGUUAUCAAUAAUGUUCCCCAAGAGAAUAUUUUACUGAACAAUAGUGACGACGAAGAAGACUUUGAUGUUCCCCAGGAGAAUGUUCAAUUAAUUAUCAGUGACGGGGAAGAUGAAAUUGAUGGUAAAUUUCAAAGUUUAAAUUAUUAA